GGAGAUGGGCUUCAAGCUCUGAAUUCUUCCACAUAACAGUGCCGCGCUCAUUUGGUGAGAUUCGUUACGGCUUUUCUCGCAGCGGCGGUAUAGAAAAUUAGAACCGAGGACCGAGGCUAAUAUUCCGAGAUCCACCACUUUUUUCGUCUCACCUGCAAAAGCGGUGAAUUGGAGAGGAGACCUGUAAUGGAUCAAGACAAAUACUUACCAGAGCUGAUGGCCGAAAAAGAUAGCCUGGACCCAUCAUUUGUUCAUGCAAUGCGCCUUUUGGCUGAAGAAAUUGACAAGUAUGAAGGGGAUGAACUGAGGAAGGAUGGAGAGGUGAAGAAAUAUCUGGACGUCAUCAGCAACAAAAAUAUUAAGUUAUCCGAAAGAGUCCUCAUUCCAGUGCAACAAUACCCCAAGUUUAAUUUUGUGGGGAAACUGCUGGGACCGCGGGGCAAUUCGAUGAAGAGAUUACAAGAGGAAACGGGAGCGAAGAUGUCCAUCCUUGGAAAGGGCUCAAUGCGGGAUAAAGGCAAGGAGGAGGAACUGAGAAAAAGCGGCGAGGCAAAAUAUGCCCACUUGAGUAAUGAUCUCCACGUAUUAAUUGAAGUCUUCGCCCCACCUGGAGAGGCCUAUUCCCGUAUGAGCCAUGCCUUGGAGGAGAUUAAGAAAUUCCUAGUUCCAGACUACAAUGAUGAGAUUCGGCAGGAGCAGCUGAGGGAGCUGUCCUAUUUGAACGGAUCAGAUGACACCAGCAGAGGGAGGAGUGUCCGGGGGCGGGCCCUGCGACUGCCUACCACGACGACCACCAGGGGACGAGGAGGCGCUGCCCCACCUCCUCCCCCUGGUAGGGGAGCAGCUGCGCCAAGAGGGACAAUUGGGUCACGUGGAUCACUGCCUGUCACCCCGUCUGCAAGGGGUGUCCCGUCUCCACGGACCAGGGGGACGCCCGGGGCCCCAGGAUACAGACCCCCACUGCUGCCAGCCACACAUGAGUCUUAUGACGAUUACGGAUACGAUGACGGAUAUGACGGAGAGUACGAUGAUCAGAGCUACGAUGCAUAUGACGACAACUACAACAGCCAAUCAAAGAGCAUCUCAGAAUAUUAUGAAUACAGCCAUGGGACGAACGAUGAAACCUACGACAAUUACGCAGAAGAGGAGUGGACUGCAGCCCGCCCUAGUCUCAAAGCCCCACCGUCAAGGCUAUCGCGAGGGGGCUACAGAGAACACCCCUAUGGUAGAUAUUGAAGGUGCUCCACAUCUGUCACCUCCAACUACAGACAACUUUAGAACUGUGCAGUCCCCCACAAAAGCAAGAAAUUAAUUGGUCCUUCCUUUUUUUGAGCCUCCCCUCUCCCAUCUUCCGGGACAUCUCCUCCAGGGUUUCAUAUGCCUAACGCUCUAACCUACAACACAAUGUCAGCUUAAUUGUUUUUGUAACAUGGACUUAUUUUUAGAGAACAAGUACA